AUUUUUUAGUUUUUCUUAUCUUUUUCUAUCUGCCUUUUUUCUUUUUAAAUAUUUCUUUCAACUUACAAACUGCUGCACUGUGGAGACCAAAGUAGUGAUGUUUAUCCUGGUAAUAUUUAUACUUUUUGCACUGUUUCCUCCUCCUCUUUAACACUGUUUUCAAGAGGAUGUGGAAAAGGUGGAGCCGUGUCAGAGCUUGAUACCACACAUAACAGACCCAUUCUUCCAUCAAUGAUCUUCAAGCUAGCAGCGUUGACUGCCAGUGUAGCAUCAUGCUGUUUACCGAAACAUGGCUAACAUGGACACAAACGCAACUGUGGAUGGAUUCCAUCUGGUGACGGAAGACAUGGUAAUGGAUAGUGCUAAGAGAAGAGGGCAGGAUGCUGGCAGUAUUUGUGAAUUAUUGAUGGUUUAGCACUAAUUAUGCCUCUCCUUCUCACAUGCUGCCAACUUUCGGUCAGUAUGUCACAAAUCCACACAUUCCUUUCCCUCCCCUGGAAAGAUCAGACCACAGCUUUGUUUAUCUCCUGCCUGUGUACCUAUAAGCAGCCAGCUGUCACUCACACAGUAAGGAGAUGGUCUGUAGAUACACAUGAAACUCUUGAAAGACUGUUUUUACUCUACUGGGUGGGAAGUACUUUGUGACCCUCAUAGAGAGGACAGUCUCAUACACUGCAUAACGGACUAUAGAAAUUUAUGUGUGUAAAAUUCUGUACCCACCAGAUCUGUAAAGUGUUUCUCCAUCAACAAACUCUGGAUCUCUCCUGAUAUAAAGGCACUCUUCAAGGAGAAAAAGAGGCCUUUUAAUCAGGAAACAGAGAAGAACUGAUGGCUGUACAGAAGUAGCUGAGGAGGAAGAUCAUGGAGGAUGAAUCUGCUACAGGAGAAAAUGGAUCGGCUGCAUAUAGAAUAAUAUCAGUGUUAUAAGUUUGGAAAGGUCUACAAACCAUCUCAGACCACAAGAAAACUCACUCCCAGGCCAUGGGAAUCUGAAGUGGGUGAAUGACCUGAACUUUUUCUUUAAUAGGUUUCAUUAGUCACAUGCUCCUUCUGCCACCCAAACACCUCAGCCGUACUCCACCAUCACUGUACUCCAAGCAGCCUGCCCCUGUAAUGGUCCUGUUACUGUUAACAGUAUUCACACUCUAUACUGCAGACUUCAGAUACAACACAGCUGGUUGUAACCUACUUCUCUGAUAACUCUGCAAAUAUGAGCCUAAUCACUGAGGAGGAUGACUCAGAGUACAGAGAACUACUCCAGGACUUUUGAGUUUGGUGCCAGCAAAACUGCAUCCAGAUCAAUGCAAGUAAGACCAAGGUGCUGGUGGUGGAUUUCUGGAUUUCAUUUUUUAUGCAGUUGUCUGUUGAGGCAGUGGCAUCUCUGCUGAAGAUGGGAAGAGACUGGAUAAAAUCAUAAAGAAAGCCAGCUCUGUCCUGGAUGCACUUCUGACCCAGUGCAGGUUGUGGGAGAAUAAAGGAUGAUAGCUAAGCUGUCAUGUAUGCUGGAGAACAACUACCAUCCAUGAGACUCUGAUAACACUGGGCAGCUCCUACAGUGGCAGGCUGAUUUACCCUAAGUGUAUGAAGGAGCGGUACCACAGGUACUUCCUCCCUGCUGAUGUGAGACUGUACAACCAGCAGUGCUCCCAGGAGACCCCAACUGGACAAUAAAUCCUUGGGAAGCCCCCAUCUCAUAUGAGAAUUGUGUUAUAAUGUUGGGAUGUAUGUUGAAAUCCUAUUGUGGGUUUAUAUUAUUAUAUUUUUGAUAUUUAUAUUUCUAUAUCUUGAUCUUUUUCUUCAACUGCUAUCCCCAUACUGCUGUAACAGAGCAAAUUUGCUCUUUUAUAAUAUUUUUUUAUUAUAUAUUAUCUGGCACCAACAAUCACGCUAUGGUUAAUGUCAAAGAGGCCACACGUUUUCCUAAUUUUGAUGUUUGAUGUGAUCAUUAACUGACGUUGUUGACCUGUAUAUGCAUGGUUGUAUGCAUUGUGCUACUGCCACAUGAUUCCCUGAUUGAAUAACUGCAUAAAAUGAGCAUGAGUACAGGUUUUCCUUUUAAAAUGUAUGCUGAAUGUACAUAGACUAAAUGUUCAUGUAUGUGAAUAAACUGCACUCAGAGUGCAGUGGUGCAGAGUGCAGUGGCAAGUUUAAUAAGGUAUACUGCCAACUGUUUGUGUGGAAUACACAUGAAUAUAUGACUCUAAACUUAGACAUUGCCUGGAAUAUGAAUAUCAGUUUUACCAAUAUUUAGGUUUAUGCAGCAGUGGUUUUAAAGUCUUUCAUAUUAAAUUGACUAAUUCUCCAAAAAUCAACCAACCUGGCAAUGUAAAUUAAUCUUUGGAGUAUGGCUUUAUUUAUUUUAAGUUUUAUUUUGCUCAUUUAAAAUAAUAUAACAUGUUGACCAUUUCAUUAGUAUAACUUCCACCCAAAAAGUUGAUUUAAGGAUACUUUUUCUAACCUUAACCAUUAGCUAUAAGGGAUUAGAAAGGUUUUACUCCAUCCUUGUCAAUACUAAUUAAGAUCAAAUGUGCAGAGUAACAAGGCACCCUAGUUCUUCCAAUAAGCCAAUUUGAGCAAAGCUAAAACUUAACCUACACAUCUGGUUUAUGUGAAAAAGGUCAUGAAUUUAAUUACAUUUGAGGUCUGAGAUAUAUGGGAAUUAGAAAUUAUGUUCAGUAUAAUGAAAAACAUAUAUCUACCAACACAGAUUAUCCCUUGAAACUUCAUUUCACUCUAGGCUGGUAUGGUGCUUUAAAAGUUACAUUUAUAAUUCAAGCAUAUGCCACUAUCUGAAUCCAUCAAGGGGUAACAGGUAAAUAACCCUACAAAGUUAUUUCUUAGUUGAUUGGAUUAAUUAACUAUUGUAUGAGGCGCAACUUAAGCUAAAUUUAUUUACUAACAUUUUACUUAAAACCAUUAGUGUACACUUAGAUCAUAAAACCGUAAAAAUAAUAAGAUAUGAGAUUAACAAGCUUUGCAAGUCUAACUCCUCUACUUCUGCCGAGUUACUUAGUAAUUGCACUGCUACGCAGAAGACCAAUUGUCAACAUUUAAUCAGAGUAAAGUGUCAAAGAGUUCUGUCUAAAGCUCCAUGUCAUGAUGUGUAGAUUCUACACAUUAGCAAUCCUGAUUUCUGGAAGGAAAAGUAGCUUAGACCUUUCUAAGCUAAUAUAUUAAUUGGAGUUGUUUUCUUUUUUUUCCCCCAGUAACACAUGCCCCCACUGACUUCAUCCAGGCACAAGUACCAAUCCUGACCCUGUUGUAUGUCAGCCUGACUCCGCCUAGGCAAUGUAGGUUGCAUAUAAAAGCACAUAAAGAUCAACCAGAGAUCUACAGGUGCCCUUCAGUAAGAGACAGCUGAGAAACUAACAAACAAGUGAAGAAUAAGCAAUUUUUUUUAAAUUACAGAAGAGGUAGAGGGAUAACUAAACAAAUAAUUUGGGAGCAUCACUUCAUAACAUUUAAAACCUCACAAUGGCAGAGCAAUGGGGGGAAGCGAUCUUUGCAGCCAGGCGGCGAGGUGAUGAAACAACACGAGAAACAGUCUUCGUUUACACCAACAGCAAUAACACCAGAGAUCCAUUUGAGGGACCCAACUACCACAUUGCACCAAGAUGGGUGUACAAUGCUGCAACAUUAUGGAUGUUUUUUGUGGUUGUUGCCUCAACCUUCACUAAUGGCCUGGUCCUGGUAGCUACAGCCAAAUUCAAGAAGCUUCGUCACCCUCUGAACUGGAUCUUGGUCAACCUUGCAGUAGCCGAUCUUUUAGAGACACUGUUGGCCAGCACUGUUAGUGUCUGGAACCAAGCAUUCGGCUACUUCGUUCUUGGACACCCGCUGUGCAUUUUUGAGGGUUUCACCGUUGCCUGCUGUGGUAUUGCUGGUUUGUGGUCUCUGACUGUCAUAUCAUUUGAGAGAUGGGUGGUGGUGUGCAAACCUUUUGGAAAUAUAAAAUUUGAUGCUAAAUUGGCAGCUGCUGGCAUUAUCUUUACUUGGAUCUGGUCUGCAUUUUGGACUUCACUACCUAUGUUUGGUUGGAGCAGGUAUUGGCCUCAUGGCCUGAAAACCUCUUGUGGCCCAGAUGUAUUCAGUGGAAGUGAAGACCCCGGAGUCCAGUCUUACAUGAUUGCACUUAUGAUCACCUGCUGCAUUAUCCCCUUGAGCAUUAUCAUUCUCUGCUAUCUUGCUGUGUGGAUGGCCAUCCGUGCUGUGGCAGCACAACAGAAAGAAUCUGAAUCUACACAAAAGGCUGAAAAGGAAGUCACCAGAAUGAUUUUUGUCAUGAUUGCUGCUUAUGUUUUCUGCUGGGGACCAUACACUUUCUUUGCCUGCUUUGCAGCUGCUAACCCUGGUUAUGCCUUUCACCCACUGGCAGCAGCCAUGCCUGCAUACUUUGCAAAGAGUGCCACCAUCUACAAUCCCAUUAUCUAUGUCUUUAUGAAUAGACAGUUCCGUUCAUGCAUCAUGCAGCUUUUUGGAAAGAAGGUUGAUGAUGGCUCUGAAGUCUCUUCUACCUCCAAAACAGAAGUCUCCUCUGUGGCGCCUGCAUAAAUAUCUUCAGACGUGCGGCAAAUUAAAAAGAUUUUAGAACUUAUUGUUUCUUCACUUUUUGUUACCCUGUAGUACACAAUAGUCUGAAAUAUUUAUGAAAAUGGUAUCAAGCUCCAUAUUGUAUCAGCUUUAAUCUAUUUUGUAAGAAGACCAGAACUUUUGGUUGCAAUGAAAAAGUGAACUAAACUGAAUUUAAUCCAGUAAGACAUAUUUGUCAAGAUGUAUUUUAAAUUAUAAUAUUAUGCAUGUGGUUGAAACAAGCCCGCAUGAUCAUUUGUUUUUGCAGUUGUACUUUAAACACUAUGUUACUCAAUGUAAAAUGUAUUGUUAAUGGAUUUGUGUAAUUGUUGUCAAAAGAUUUUAUAAGUUAUGUAGGUUUGCAAAUGACUAAAAACAAAACAAAAA